AUGUCCCUCCCAACAGGGCCUCAAGCAGGGUCUGUGUUGCCCCUGUCAGAUUGGAAGUUCCUCGCGGGGCUCCGACCUGGUGGCUUCUUAGCAGAGUUUGAUCAGAGCAUCACUGGGUUUAGUCAAAGAGCAACGAUCGUCAUCGCAAAGAUCCAUUAUUUUCAUUCCUCUCUGCCGGCUCCAGCAUCCGUGGCAUUGCCGGUGCUCAGGACGGCAUUUGUUGUCUGGUCGAAUGAACGCCUGGGAGGCAGAAUUGGUGUGAAGGAGGCGGGCGAGAAGCCCCAGCGAGCGCGGACGGCGGACAAGGCUGGCUGGAUCAAGAAGAGCAGUGGGGGCUUCCUAGGGCUCUGGAAAGACCGCUAUCUGCUCCUCUGCCAGGCCCAGCUACUGGUCUACGAGAAUGAGGACGAGCAGAAGUGUGUGGAGACAGUGGAGCUGGGCAGCUAUGAGAAGUGCCAGGACCUGCGUGCCCUCCUCAAGCGGAAACACCGAUUUAUCCUGCUGCGAUCCCCAGGGAACAAGGUCAGCAACAUCAAGUUCCAAGCACCCAAUGGGGAGGAGAAGGAAUCCUGGAUCAAAGCCCUCAAUGAAGGGAUCAGCCGAGGCAAGAACAAGGCUUUCGAUGAGAUAAAGGUGGACAAGAGCUGUGCGCUGGAGCAUGUGACCCGGAACCGAGUGCGUGGGGGCCAGCAGCGCCGGCCACCUACGAGAAUCCACCUGAAGGAGGUAGCCAGCGCAGCUUCUGAUGGACUUUCUCGCCUGGACCUCGAUGCUCUGGACAGCAGGCCGCCAGUGCUUACCCCCGGCAAUGACGUCAACGCAGCCCAGCCCCGGGAGGCCCUCCGGCCCCUCAUGCCUCCUGCCAAGCCUUCCCCAGCUCCCGAGGUGACCGUCCUUGGUGACAGAGGGGAGACCCCUGUGGGGGAGAGAGCCCCCACCCCUGUCUCAGCAAGCUCCGAGGCGCAGCCUGAGAGCCAGGAAGACUCAGAGACUGCAGUGGGGGAGGACAGCUCCUCUGAGCAGCUCCCCAGGGUCCUGCCUGAAAAACUGAAGGUGAGCUGGGACAACUCGAGCCCCGAGGAGCCCCCUGUGCCCGAGAGUGCGGAACCACCCCAGGUGCCCUGUUCGGAGACUUCCGAGGCUUCGGCCAAGGAGGGUGGGAAGCCCCCUACGCCCCCACCCAAGAUCCUAUCGGAACUGAGAGCCUCCAUGAUUGGGGUGGAGGCUUCCGGGCCAGCCCGGAGUCCCGGGGCCUCUGAGACCUCUGCCCCAGGCUCAGCACAGGUCUCAGUGAACGGCCUGGAGGUGCAGGUGGCCUCAGAACAGACGGAGCCAUUGUUGAACAAGAUGCUGGCCAGCGAGCCGGCCCCGGUGAGUGCCGAGACACUGCUCAGCGAGGCUGUGGAGCAGCUGAGGCAGGCCACCCAGGUCCUGCAGGAAAUCCGAGAUCUGGGAGACCUAAGCCAGGAAGCACCGGGGCUGCGGGAAAAGCGGAAGGAGCUGGUGACCCUCUACAGGAGAAGUGCGCCCUAGGGCCUGCCGGGCCGGGGCACGGUCCCUCCCGGCUGGCCUGGUUCAUCGAGCCCAGCCCUGCCAAGAAACGUGCUUCUGCUCAGGCUGUUGAAGGGCCAUCGGACAUGUCAGUGUUUGGCCGGGACCUGCAGAGGCUCCUGGUAUCCUUCCUGCCUGGCCUUGGCCAGCGGUGCAGGUGUCACCCAGGGCCACUGUCUGGCUAACUGGCCUGGCCUCCGGGCCCUGGCUCGGGCUGGGAGCACACACUCAGGACCUCUGUGCUGGCAUGGUUGUUCCGAUCUGCCCCAGGGCUUUGGCACAGCACUCGGGGGCUCUGGGGGUGGCAUCAUCUCUGCUUCUCACCCCCCCGUAGUUUACAUUCCUGACUUCUGAAUAGAGCA